AUGUUUCUGCGCCCAGAUACUCGCGAACCGCAACUUAUGGUAAGAGAGCUCAUUGAGAUCAAUCCCCUGAUCUUGCGCCCUGACAUUGAUUCCUGCUGGGACAUGACUACGCAAGCAGAGCAGGGAUUCAUUUCAUUGAGGCCUGGGAAGUCUGUAGAGGACGAAGCUCCAGCUUACUUUCAAGACAUGUGCUUGACUUCACCACCAAGCAACUCAGUCUCUCUCGUUCGACGCCGCACCGAAGGUCGGUUCGGAGGUGGGUGGGUUCACUCGCGACUUGGCUUGGCGAAUGGUACUACCACUCUGCGAUUCGGAGACGUGCAGAGCAUUAUGAGGCCAAGUGGACGGGUUCCAACGUGGCUUGAGAUGCUUCGAAUCAAUGGGGUCAUCGCUCCUACGUUAGAUGAGGAGCGAAAUCAGAUUGAGACAAUGCCGGUCCUUGGGUUUGAAGAGAUGGUCGACCGGGCGGACAGCAUCGGCUUGGAAUCACAAGAACCAGAAAGCACUCUCGCCCUCGUGAUCUUCUUCGCCUACGUGGUCUGGCUUCUGUCCGUCAUCCAGAAGCCAGACCACUGCUUGUCCGGCUGGACCGACAAGUAA